AUGGGAAAGUAUGGAGGCAUGGGUCAGAACAACGGACAGAAUGAAGACCUGGAGCUACCACUCUCGGGGAAGGUGGUUUUGGACCUGUAUACAAGACUAACAGAUGGUCAAGAGAUUGGCGUGAAGAGGCUCUCACAAACUUCUGGACAAGGUGCCACAGAGUUCAAAAAUGAAGUGAUACUUAUAGCGAAACUUCAGCAUCGAAAUCUUGUAAAGCUCCUUGGUUGUUGCAUUGAAGGGGAAGAGAAAUUGCUGAUCUAUGAAUAUAUGCCCAACAGAAGCAUGGACUGCUACAUUUUCGAUCAAACACAAGGUCAGUUGGAUUGGUCUCAGCGCUUCCACAUUAUCGAAGGUAUAGCAAGGGGUCUUCUCUACUUGCAUCAGGAUUCCAGACUGAGGAUUAUUCAUAGAGAUCUUAAAGCAAGCAAUGUGUUACUUAAUGAUGAGAUGAAACCAAAAAUCUCAGACUUUGGCAUGGCUAGGCUUUUUGGAGGAGAUGAGACUGAAGGAGUCACAAAAAGAGUAGUUGGAACCUACGGUUACAUGGCACCAGAAUAUGCCAUUAAUGGUCAAUUCUCUGUAAAAUCUGACGUUUUUAGCUUUGGCAUUUUAUUGCUGGAGACAUUAACCGGAAAGAGGAGUAGAGGGUUUCAUGAUCAGAAACACAACCUUAAUCUAGUUGGACAUGUCUGGAGAUUGUGGAAAGAAGGAAGGUCCUUUGAGGCGAUUGACGAAUGCUUAAGGGAAUCAUGCACUCUAUCAGAAGCAUUGCAUUGCAUACAUGUUGGUCUUCUAUGUGUCCAAAAGCUUCCUGAAGAUAGGCCGACCAUGUGGGCGGUGGUUCUGAUGCUAGGUGGUGAGAGUGCCUUGCCUCAACCCAAAAGGCCAGGUUUAUAUGUAGGAAAAUAUUCAUCAUCUGAAGUAGAUUCAUCUUCAAGUAAGAACGAAACAUUCUCGUGUACAAAUGAAUGUUCAAUAACUGUGGCGGAGGCUCGAUAA